CAAAACCAAUAACCUCUACUAGAAGCUUUCAUGAACAUAAAUUUAUUAAAAAUAAUCUCCUUAUUAAUUACUAAAUUAACUCAACAAAAACAAAAGAGACAAUUACUAGACAAGCCAGACCCCAAAGAUAGAGAAGAGAAGAGAGGAACACUUCACCUCCUUCUUCCUCUCUCUCUCUCUCUUGAAGGACCUAAACAACAACAACAAUGGGAUCAACAGGAAACCCUAAUCCAUGGGGAACAUACGAUUCAUACAGAGACUGUUCACAAGGAGUAUGCAGUGUCUAUUGCCCUCAAUGGUGUUACGUCAUCUUCCCUCCUCCUCCUUCCUUCUACCUCGACGACGAAGACGACUCUUCCUCCUCUGAUUUCUCCCCUCUCCUCAUCGCUCUUAUCGGCAUCCUCGCUAGCGCCUUCAUCCUCGUCAGCUACUACACUCUCAUCUCCAAAUACUGCCACCGCCGCCGCCAAAACUCCUCCUCCUCCUCCUCCUCCUCAGCCGCAGCUAUCAUCAACACAGACCACGGAAGAAUCUCAUCCGAUUACACCACGUGGCAAGAAGCUACGAAUCCGAAUCAAGCGAUCGGCGACGGGCUCGACGAGUCUCUGAUUAAAUCGAUUACGGUUUACAAAUACAAAAAGAUUGACGGAUUCGUCGAAUCUUCGGAUUGCUCUGUUUGUUUAAGCGAGUUCCAAGAGAACGAGAGCUUGAGACUUUUACCUAAAUGCAACCACGCCUUUCACGUCUCUUGUAUCGACACGUGGUUGAAGUCUCACUCUAAUUGUCCUCUCUGCCGCGCUUUCAUCGCCGGCGCUGAGAUCGUCGUCGUGACAGAUCAACCGAUCGAUGUAGAGAACAAUACGGAUGAUGAUCCCGUCGUUGUUGUUAACUUAGAUCUGGAAAAUUCCAGAUCUCGGAAUGAGACGGUUGGUGGUAGUAACGGCGGAUCGACGCCGAAACCGCCGGAGAUGCGGGAGUCUAGAGACGGAGGAGAUGAGGAUGUGAGUCGUAGAUCGAACUCAGGCGUUGCCGUGGUGUCGAUCGCUGAUAUAUUGAGGGAGAUUGAAGACGAGGAGGAAUCAGCGGGUGUGGGAACUUCUCGGCGGGUGGAAGAAGGUGAAGAAGGAGAGAAGACUCCUCCGCCUUCGGGAUCGGCGGCGAAUCAAACGAAUGGGAUUUCGAAUUUUCUGGUGAGGAGUUCAAUGGCGGCGAUGAAGAGAUCUGUUUACGAUAGAGCCAAAAAUUACCGUUUACCAAAUUAAAGUUAAAAAAAAAAAAAAAACAAAACAAAACAAAAGAUUAAAAUUAGGAAAUUUGAGUUUUUGUUAAAAAAAAAAAAUUUGUAAAAGGGAAUUGUAAGAUCAAAAGAGUUUUGAAUUUACCGCCCAAAUAUUCUUAAUUAUUUAGUUUAAAUUUAUUU